CUAAAAGAGAUAAAUGCUGCACAGAUCUGCCUCUGCUUCAGAUGCCUCCUGUUCACACAGCAACAUGCCCUGGAGCAGUACCAUUACAUUUUUUGGGUUCCUCCCCAGUGCAGAAGAUGUUGUACAGAGUGCGAACCGUCAGAUCAUAGUUGUGAUGUUGCUUUUGUGUUACCACCUUUGGUUUCAGAUUGACUUUGCAUGUCCGUGCAACUCAAACAGGAAUUUCAUUCACUGCUACGGCUACAUGGUGCUGCCGUCUCUCAUCAUAAUCAGCCUGAUUCUGUGGAAUGACAAGCGCAUUGGAAGGAUCUUCAGAUACGCCUGCUACCACUCAUCAGUUAGAAAGGGACGGUGCAGCUACAGGGGGAGGUUCUGCUUUCAGUUCUUCAUAUACCUUCUCCAGGCCACAUCGUCUGGAUUUCUUUGGUGUGGGUCGGUGCUUGUUGAUGGAGACUGGUAUGUUUGCUGUGGGACUGACAGCUCUGAAGAACUGAUGCUCUUAUCCUGCAUGAAGGAGGGUGAGAUGGGUCCAGCUGAGAGGGCGACCAAAGUUACCCUGAAAAACCGAUCCAUGGUCAUUGGGUUAAUCUGCAUCCUGCUGACUGCUGCCUGCUCAUUAGUUUUGGUGCUGCCAUGGAACAGGUGGUGCACGAGGAGAAGUCACUUCAGGGCCGCGUUUGAAGAGGCCAUACUGGAGCAGACUGAGGUCAUUUUGCGGGAUGAGAUGGGGAAAGCUGCUGCGCACUAUGUGGCAGAAUCAUUGGUCUCUCUGUCCACCACUGCAACCACUACAACACCUUCCAUUACAAAAGAAGAUCCUGAGAAGGUGGAAAAAACUGAGGACAAGGAAAAAAUACUUUUAAAUAUAAAUGUGAACUGGGAAGAAAUAGCUUGUCUUGCUGAUGCCCUUAUUGAACAUAUUCCAAACAAAGUAGCUAAAAAUAAAGAUACAAAAUAAAAAACAAUGUGUGAAUGUAUUUACUUUAACAAAAAUGUCAAUGAAAACUAAAUGCAAGUAAUUGGAAGAAAACUGAAGGGAAGAAAACAUGCAACACACAUAUGAAAAUGACUUUAAGAGAUAUGCACUGACUCUGGCUGUUUUCAUACCAGCUAAAUAAACCUGUUUGACUGCUGCUUUUGAAGGUAUACAUGUAAUUUCUCUUUCUUAUUGCCUCUUAUUCACAGAAAAGUCAUUGACAAAUGUUGGCUACUGUUUUUGUUUUAAAGAUGUUCAGCUGUAUCUUUUGGUGUCAGAAGUAAGUCGGUCAAUCCAGCAUUUGUCUGUGAACAUUCACUGAAGCCACUUAAGGAGCAAAAUAUCUCACCACACCAAAGUCAAUGAAUUGUUUCAGUGUGAAUGUGUUAAUUACAUCUAUGUUGCUUAUUGGUUUUCUGUUUCAUUUACAAUGUGUGCCGUCCUCUUUUAUCUUUAUAUUCGCUUAAAUUAAUAUUAAAGGAAUGGUUUGACAGUU